AUGUGAAAACUGCUGAAAGCCAAAAAGCAUAUCCAAACAAAACAGUUAGCUAAAGGAUGAGCCUAGCAGCUUAGUCCACUGCUGUGCGGAAGCUAACAGAGUUCUUCCUUCCAACAAUGGCUUCUCUUCUUUCUUUCUCUCUUCCAAAACCAAACAUAAUCAAAGCUUCUUCAGCCUCUCCUGCUACAACUACCCUUCCCAUUCCUGAGGCUCUUGAUGAAAAAUUUGGUCGUAAAGGCAUCAAAUUCUCGGAGUCCAAUAACAUUCCAUUCGUUGAGCUGACAGUAAGAAAUGGGAGCUCACUGAGACUGAGAAUACCUGAUGCUCAUGUCACUUCAUACAAGCCUAAAGUAUAUUGGAAAGAUGAUGGCCUCGAGGAGAUCCUGUAUACUGUUCCUGCAGGUGGAGGGGACUCUACCAAGGCCAAAGGAGGGAUUGGUUUGGUUAUCAAUGAUGCAUCAGAUAAAAGUUCAAAAGGGUCGCUUCUGUCUGGUGCGGGGUGGACUGUAAAGGAUGCUGAUAAUGAUUCCAUUGAUGCUCUGCAGGUUGAGUUGAGCUGUACCGCUGGAACUCUAAAUAUAAGUUAUGUUGUCUCCCUCUAUCCACUAAGCAUAGCAACAGCAGUCAUAGUAAAGAACAAUGGCCGCAAAGAUGUGACUUUAACUAGUGCCAUACUUAGCCAUCUGAACUUCAAAAAGAGAGGACGCACAGCAAUCAAUGGACUCAAAGGCUGCUCUUACUGCUCACAUCCACCUUUAUCUUCACCUUUCGAACUCUUAUCUCCCUCUGAAGCAAUGAAAUCUGAAUCUUCUGGAUGGUUUGGUUCAGAGAAUGAAAAGAAACCAGGUGUGUGGACAACACAAGAUGUGCCAAUCACCAUCUUGAAGAAUAAGCUCAGUAGAGUAUAUGCUGCUCCUCCAUCAGAGAGACUAAAGGCAAUUUAUAACACCCCACCAUCAAAAUAUGAAACUCUUGAUCAGGACAGAGAACUCUUCUUCAGGGUAAUACGAAUGGGGUUUGAAGAUAUAUACUUGUCCAGCCCUGGUUCCUUAUCAGAAAAGUAUGGGAAGGAAUACUUUAUCUGCACAGGUCCGGCUUCAAUGAUGGUGCCAGUGGUAGUGAAACCUGGAGAAAAUUGGAGAGGAGCACAAGUCAUUGAGCAUGACAACCUGUAAUUAUAUGUUCCAUUAACAGAAAAAAUUUUCAUUUUUGUUUUCUUUUUUCUCCAUAGAAAAAUUGGUUUUGCAAAUCAUUAGUCUCGUCUAUUGUCUAUGUAAUUUCAAUUCAUCAACUCAUUGAGUUCGAUUUAGGCUCACAAUAACAAAAUAGAAGGUUAAAAGGUUGAUGUCAA